CAACGACAGGCGUUUGAUGCGGACGCGACGGCGCAAGUAAAUAGUAACAAGACGCGAACGUUGCGCGCAGGCGCAUUAACCAACAAAAACACAUAUUAUUUAGUAGCAGCCGCAGCGUGUCUUAAAUGCAUUAAAAAUUGAACGAAAUUGUGAAUUGGAUUUACGAGACGAUUAUCAAAAGACAAACAAAAAAUAAAAAUAAAUUAGUGAAAAAAUCAAAAUUUAAAUAAAUAAAAUAACAAAAACAAAUAAAACAACGAAAACAAAAACAAACAACGAUAUUUAUAUGCCGGUUUUGUAUUAACUGACAAGUUUGACACCAGCUGCAUAAAGGAUAAAUAUAUCCAGCAUGAAGGGCUGGUUCGACGCAUUUCGAGACGAUGGCGGUCCAACGCUCUAUUCAUUCUCAAAUCGAACACCCGUCACGGGCGAUGUCUCCAUUGUGGCUGUCUCAGUGCUCUUCGCCACAUUCUAUGUGGCAUUUCUUGUCAUAUUUCCGGGAGUGCGUAAACAGAAGUUCACAACAUUCUCGACGGUCACACUGAGUCUCUUUGUGGGUCUAGUCAUACUGAUUACCCGUCUGGGCUCGGCGUGGCAUGUGGCACAUGCAACAAUCAUUGCACCAUAUAAAGCAUUCUCACGCGAGAAACUGCCCGCCCGCAUCGGCACCCACAUCGGACUGAUGCACGUCAAUGUGACACUGACAGGUGAGAUGACACUAAGAAUAUGAGU